AUGGAUGCCUUGAGCGACAACAAUUAUGUUGUCCAUAGUCAUUACCAUGAUGACCCCAUAUUCGAAAGCCAGGAGAAACUAUUGUCUGUUUUGAGUGACAUGUUGUUGCUUGAGAAUCAAAUACCCUUCAUUGUUCUCAAGAAGUUGUAUAGGAGACUCUUCCCCUGUGAUGUUCCCAGUGAGGAAGAUCAUCGUGUUGCUGAACUUGCAUUGGGAGCUCUUGGCUACCCUUUGAUUACUCCUACAGCUGGCGUGGCUCACCUCCUUCACCUUGUUCAUUUGUCCAUAACAAACCAAGAGGAGAGACACGAAACGAGGCACGCGCGGCGAGAGUUGAAGUGUUGUGCUACGAGGCUUCGAGCUAAUGGAAUAAAAAUAAAACCCGCGGAAAGAAGCAAUGUUGAUUAUGCUGAUUAUUUGAACAAGUUUGAGUUUUUUGAUAACUUUGACUUUGAGAUAAAAUUCAACAACGACGAUGGGGUGUUGGAGAUUCCUCAGCUGCAUAUUAAGAAGUCAACGGAAGUCAAAUGGAGGAACUUGAUCGCCUGGGAGCAAAGCAGGAUUGGGAACAGAUGCAAAUUGACUUCGUAUGCAUUGUUCUUCCAAGGUUUGAUUUGUUGUCCCCAUGACAUUGAACUGCUUGAGCAUGUCGGGGUUUUAGUCAAUGAAUCCGAGAAAAGUAAUGAAGAUUUGCUGAAGCUGUUUCAUACGAUCUGUGAGGGAGUUGAACACAUGGAUUCGAGUUAUAGCGAAGAUUGUGCCAAGUUGAACAAAUACACGACAACGACUCUAUUAACUAUGUUGAAAAAAUGGCCUAUUGUAAUUUGGCAUCAGUGCAGAUGUCUCUUUGCGAUUAUUCUUUUCUAUUGGAAAAAUUGGUACAGCAUUUUGAUCAAGGAACAUAUCCCUACGGUUUGGAAACUCAUUGGAGUGUUGGCAGCUAUCGUGCUGCUAGGUCUCACUGUGGUACAGACAUAUUAUGCAGCACGCAGCGAUAAUUAA